CCAUCGUCCCCGCACUGAUAAUAUCUACGUUGUCAUGGCUUCACUUCUUCUUUCACUGUCCCUUCUCCGUCUUCUAUCACUCAUAAUCAUCUCUGCACGCUUGGUAUUGGAAGCAGAAGCUUGUAAUCUGCAGAAUCCGACAAAGUUGUUCGUCUUUGGGGACUCGUAUGUAGAUACCGGCAAUUUCGGGAGAGAUAGGGUGGCGAGUUCCUGGAAACAGCCCUAUGGAAUUACCUUCCCCGGAGAGCCCGCCGGCCGUUUCUCCGACGGCAGAGUUCUCACUGAUUUUCUGGCUAAGUAUUUGGGAGUGAGAUCGCCGAUGCCAUACAGAAUGAGAAAUUUGACGCCACAAUAUGUGAAGUACGGCGUCAACUUUGCAUACGGUGGCACCGGCGUUUUCAACACCUCUUUUCCAUACCCAAAUAUGACUCUCCAGAUCGACUUCUUCCAAUCUCUCAUCGCCGACAGAGUUUACUCCUCCGCGGAUCUCUCCAACUCCGUCGCUCUCGUCUCCGUCGUCGGCAACGACUACACUUUUUAUCUUCAACAAUAUCGCACCACCGAGGUUGCGCCGGAGUUCAUGGCGUCGGUGGUGAAGCAGACGGUUAAAAAUGUAGCUCGGAUCCAUAGAUUGGGAGUGAAGAAAAUUGCAGUGAACGGUCUUCAACCAGUAGGCUGCCUCCCCAAAACGACAGCUUCAUCCUCAUUUUCGCUGUGCAACUCUACUCAUAACACCUUCGCCAGGCACCACAACACCCUCUUAAGCCAAGGUCUGGCCAGAUUGAAGGAAAAAGCCAACGACAAUUCCAGCUUUGUCGUUUUAGACCUCUUCCACAGUUUCAUGUCCGUACUAAACCAUCCCUCCACCUAUAACAUGAAGAACCCGUUCAAGCCUUGUUGCGUUGGGAUGGGCAGCCAGUACGAUUGUGGAAGCGUGGACAACAAAACCCUGGCCAAGAAAUACAGAGUGUGCGACGAUCCCAGGUCGGCUUUUUUCUGGGAUUUGGUGCAUCCAACGCAAGCUGGCUGGCAUGCCGUUUAUAAUAACUUGCGUUCCACCAAUGCUCUUCAACAACUUCUUCAUUAGUACUGGCUGGCCGAUCUCUUUCCCUCGUGCAACUCAAAUUAAUAACGUUGCUAUUAAGUUUAUGUUUGUUGUCACAUUCAAUAAGAUCACUUUACAGAUAUGUCAUGUGAGGGUGGUGCGUAUUCAUGAAUAAAGUAUCCGUUUGGACUUGGAAAACCAAUUGGAACUGUUUG